AUGUCCACUGAAGAUAAAUUAUCAGUGCCUUCGGCAGCUUCCCCCUUGGGAAAACAACUAAAAGAUAUUUCCGAACUCAAAAAACAGCGAGGUAAUUUGAAAGGUCGGUUAACACAAUUUAAAAAAUAUUUAGAUUCAUUGCCAUGUAAUGAUAUAUCUCAAGUUCAAGUUAAAGAAGUUAAAUUAAGAAUGCAAGCAGCUCAAGAUCAUUUUAAUACUUUUAACAACAUACAAAAUCAAAUUGAGCUAACUUUACCCGAGUCGGAAUAUACAGCAAACUUUGAGUAUGUAGAAUCUUUCGAAUCAUUAUAUUUUAACGUUCUCGCUACAGCUGAAAGUAUAGUCGAAAAUACCGUUGAAAGUCUAAAAUUUAGCAGUAAAUCGUCAGUGCAAUCGAAUGUUAAGCUGCCGGACAUAAAAUUACCCUCCUUUGAUGGUUCGUUUGAUCAGUGGCUAGAAUAUAGGAAUUCGUAUAUUACUAUGAUACACAACCGUUCAGACUUAGACGAAAUUCAGAAAUUUCAUUAUUUAAAGGCUUCGCUGAGCGGUUGUGCGUUACAAGUUAUAAGCGCUUUGGAAUUUACAGCGGAUAAUUACGUGCAUGCCUGGGAUCUACUUCAUAGUAGAUUUCAUAAUACGCGACUUCUUAUACAGAACCACUUAAAAUCAUUAUUUUCUAUCACUCCGCUCAAACAGGAAUCCCACUUGCAGAUUCGUAGGUUAAUAGAUACUACACUGAGAAACCUGCGUGCUUUAAAAUCAUUAAACGAACCUACUGAACAUUGGGAUACAAUAAUUAUAUACUUAGUUGUAUCUAAAUUAGACGCAUCUACUGAGCGGGAAUGGGAGAAUUAUAAGGGAUCAAUUUUAACUGAUUCGAAUAAACGACUAAAAUUAGAUGAUUUACUGACAUUCUUAAGAAAUAAAUCGAAUACCCUCGAGAUGAUUAAUUCUAGUCAAAAUAAGUUGCCUCAAUAUAAGCCUCACGCUAUAAGCGAAAAUAAGCAUUACCAAUCAAAAGGCCAUAUCAUAGGGCAUACUUACACGUCUACUAAUUAUAAUAAAAAUAAUUCUAAGAAGUCAUUUAGUUCUAAUAAACGAAUUUCUCCAGACAAUAAUAGUUGUUUCUUGUGCAAUGGUCAUUCUGCAACGGAAUGUAUGUUCGGACCGUGCAAGCAAUGUCAGAACAAACAUAAUACUUUAUUACAUAUUAAUAAUAAUUUGAAUAAAUUCGAAUAUACGCAAAGCGGGCGAUCAGCUGAUUUAAACGAGACUCGUGAAGCGGCCGGCCGGUCGACUGCGCUUCAUAGCGUAGCUACUUGCCACGCGCGGCCGCGAACACAUUACGUCUAG